AACACAACAACACGGGCUCUUGCUCAUUGAUCAGCCCGUAAAAGAUGUCUGAUUAUAAUUCUAUUUGGGAUCCGAGAUGUUUACCUAGGGGUGUUUGUUUACUAGAUUAUGAAUGUUGAUGAAAUGUUAGGUCACAAAUUGGAGAGGCAUUUAGAAAGGGGUCGGAUAAAUGAAGAGAAAGAGAUAAUGUGUAAUUUUUGUGAACCAUAAUAUUGAAGGCGGGAUACGGUAAGUUUGCCGGACGCUCACAGUGUAUGUUUGUUUGUUUACAUAAUUAUAAACCGGCCAGAGUUCAAAGGAAGUACCCAUUUGAGUUCCAAACAUUUCUCCUGAAAGAAUAAAAAUGGCUCAGGGUCUUGCAGAGUGUGUGGAUUUGAAAACAUAUUGCAAAAUGCUCCCGAAGAUUGAACUUCACGCCCACUUGAAUGGAUCCCUGAGUGACACCACCAUACUUCGACUUUUGCAAGAUAAACGUUCAGCGGGAGUUGUUAAUCUUCCUGAUUCAGCAGAAGUUGUUAUCAAACGCGGACACAAUCGCUCCCUAGAAGACUGUUUUACUGUGUUUGGCAUCCUGCAUUGCCUUACAGAUAGCGUGUCUGCAAUUGAAACAAUUACGAGAGACGUCCUACAAGACUUUGUUGCAGACAAUGUCCGGUACUUAGAGUUACGAACUACCCCAAAAGUUAUUCCUGGAAAGAUGACCAAAGAACAGUAUAUUGAAGCGGUGUUAAAUGUUAUGAUUGAAGAAAUGCAGCGCAGUAAUAUCAUAGUACGACUACUCAUAUCUGUUGACCGUGCUCGUGGAGUCAGUGAUGCUUGGGAUACUCUGCAAAUUGCAAAGAAAUACAAGAAUAUAAACAAAUACAAACACUUGAUAUGUGGACUUGAUGUAAGUGGAAAUCCAAACUCUGGAGACUUAUGCGAAUACUUACCAGUACUCCAAGAAGCGAAAGAAAGUGGUUUUAAAUUAGCUGUGCACCUAGCAGAGAUUCCUAACAAAACUGAAACUUUAGCCAUUCUAAGGAGUGCAUUAAUUGAUAGAAUUGGACAUGGAUCAUAUAUUCACCACGAAAGCAGUGGAUCCCUUGAGAUGGUGGAGAUGGUUAAACAACAAAAUAUCCCUAUAGAAAUCUGUGUAUCAUCAAACAUCAUGUCUGGAACUGUCAAGAAUGUUGCUGAUCAUCACUUUAAAUAUUGGCGAAAAGAAGGUCACCCAAUCAUCAUAUGUACUGAUGACAAAGGAGUAUUCAACACCUCCCUAAGUGAAGAAUUUUUAAUAUGUGCUGAGGCAUUUGACCUUCGCACAAGUGACCUCAAUUCAUUGUGUCUUGAAGCUGUGAACAGCACCUUCCUUCCUCAAGAGGAAAGAGAGCGACUGCAUUUAUUAAUUCAAGGAGAGCUGCAAGAUUUACAAGGAAAAACAACAGGAAAAGUCUUAGCAGUAGUAUAAUAAAAUACCUGCAUAAUGCAGAUUAGUAUAUAAAAAAUAAUGUACAAGCUAGACCAUUUUGCUGUGGAAAUGCAGAACCUUUAUCAAAAUACACUGAGGCAGGUGAUAGAAUUUUGAAUGGUGGAAGAAGUGUCAUUUUUUCAAAAAAAUGUGCAAACUUCAUCUUAAUGAGGGAAAAAAAAAAAAAAGUGAGUGAAAUUUUAUCUUAUAGGAAAAAGUGUGAGCUAGCUAAACUCCACGAAGAUAUUUUGGUAAUUGAAAGAAUAGUUAAUCAGUUGAGGUAGAUAGUUUAUUAUGAACUUUUGGAAAACACUAAGCAUUACUUUUGAGAUUCAGUUACUGCAAUUAAUAUUUUCCUCAGUUACCAUUACAUUAUAGAACAUUUCUCUUGAGGUUUCAUACUUUGUGAAGUGAAAAUUAUGAUUUGUAGGGAAAUAAAAAAAAGAUUUCUAAUGAAUUUAUAUAAUUCUGUACAUUCUAUAAAAUUAGUUCCAUUUACAAUAAAAGAAAAGAUUCCCAAAAAAAUGUAUACUUAAUAUAAAUUGCAUUGUUAAAUAGCUCGCACGCUCUCUCUCUCUCCCUCUCUCUGUUCCUCAUGUUCCUGAAAUAUAUAUAAAAAAAUAAUUAGUUUUGGAGUAGUCCAAUCAAUUAAGUAAAAGCAAAACAGAAAAAGAGAGUAACCAAAAUUAAUUAGCAAAUGAGGCUGCAGAAACAGAAAAAUGGAAUGAUGGCAAGAGAGGACUAAAUAUAAAUGUACAAGGAAGCUUAAGGGACUUUAAUAGGCAGUAUAUGCUGCAAGGAAAGAAGUAUCCAUGUGGAUGUUGUGGGAAAAACAUUGGUCAAACUCUUCACAGAGUAACAUCAGAUAUAAAAGAUGUUACAG